CUUUUAAUCUUUUGUGGCACGAAAAUGUUUUGAAGGCAUGUGUCGCUUGAAUUUGCAAACAUUUUAUCUUAAAACUCUGCUGUUAAUAUGCUUGCUAGUGGAAAUAUCGUUAGUAAAAAUUUCUUAUUCAGUGCACAUGAAAAAACGAAAAGAAUUCCAGACGAUACCUCUAGAACAAAAUUGAAUUUUCAUUCUUUUAUUGCACACUUAAAAUCAAAAUUUGGUGUAAUAUCCGAGUUUCAGUUGGAUCAAAAUAAUUCUCCAAAAUGCAUUUAUCUGCAGGAUUCUUAUAUGAAAGAUGUGUUUAACUUUUAUCCCGAUCGUAUAUGUUUAGACGUUAGCCAUAGAAUAUUGGAUGGUAGUAUAUUUCUGUAUUUAUUUCUAUGUGAGGAUCCGAAUGGCUGUAUUUAUACAAUUUCUGUGGGUUUGCUAUUUACUGAUGAUGCUGAUUCACUGAUGUGGUUAUUGAAUACAUUUAAAAGGCACAAUCCAAACUGGAGACGCACAAAAAUCAUUUUAGCAGAUCCAGAAAUUAAAGCAAGGGAUAUAAUAAGGAAUAGUUUUCCGAAUCCGUUUGUUAUAAUAUGUUCAUACCAUGCUUUUCGUUCAUUUAAGAAUGGUAUAGAGAAUGGGAGAAUUGUUGAUAAUCUGUCAAGUGAACAGAAAAAGUUUACUUUAGAUUUAUUUAGAAGCAUGUACCUGGCUCAUACUCAGGCUGAAUAUGAAGUAUAUUACCAGCAGUUUCUUCUGCUACAUAGUUCACUUGUUUCCUACUUUCAAGAAUUUUGGUUACCAAUUCAGUAUCAAUGGAGAACUGGCCUUGAUUAUUAUCAUGAAGAUAUAUUUUAUGCCUUUACUUCCUAUUUAGAAUAUCUCGAUAGUAAUAUAAAACCUGUUUACAUGGCAGACAGUAACAUAAUGGAUUUCUUAAAGAAAUUGUUUCUCAUCUUGUUAUUGAAAAGAAAGGAAAAGUCUUCAGUGUUGACGUUUUCUAACCCUGUAUUAUAUUCUCGAUUUUCUCCUGAGUAUCAGAUUUCUCGAGUACUUACUCCUUUUGCUUCUAAAUUUGUUAUUAAUCAACUAGAUCUCUCGUAUGAAAUUAAUGUGGAUUGUAGUAUUCUAUCAGAGAGCUAUUUCUUCGAUAAUUUUGGUUCUUCUGUAAGUGCUUCUGCAUCAGUCUGUUCAUGUCAGUUUUUUUUACUAACAUUUCUGCCUUGUCGUCAUAUAUUUGCCGUAAGAAAAAUGCUUUCUUUAUUCUUAUUUGAGGAAGGAUUAUGUGACUUUUCAUGGAAUAUGAAAUAUUAUCAAAACAGUAUAAGUUCUGUUCAUGACUAUUUUAACCAAAAUGACUACAGUUUACCUUGUGAUUCAGGUGCAAAACGCACUUUUGUCUCUGAUUUGCUUGAAAAUACAAUGUCAUUAAUUCUUGAAACAUCGCAGUCCGUAUUUGAAUCACAUUUUCAGUUACUUAAGCAAUUGGUACUUUUAUGGAAAAAUGAUAAAGAUGUAUAUCUUGAAUUUGUAGGAAUAGAAAAGAAUACUCCAAAUCAAAAUCCCUCUGAUUUAUCUACAAUUACUUCUGAUAAAGCAAAACAGUCACUUGAAUCUUGUAAAUCAGAAAGCAUUAGUUCCUCAAGUGAUCAUAAUGUAUCACUGGAAAGUCACAGUAUAAUUCCUGAAUGUGGCGCUUUAAGUAUUGAACUAACUUUAAAACAAGGAAAAUGGAAUUUCAAGAGUAGAAUAUUGAGUGGAAAGCAUAUAAAUUAUGUGUACCUUUGUAGAAUUAUUUGUAAUACAAAAGAAAGUUGUAUAGACUGGCUUAGAGAGAAAAAUCUUAUUCCUGCUACUAUGGUGUGUCCUUCAUGUGGCUCAGAAAUGAGAAGCAAAAAUAUUUCACGCCUCACAGAUGGAGCUGUGUGGACUUGUCCCAAUAUUAUGGAGAAUAAAAAAUGCUGUCGUAGACGAUGCUCUGUUAGAUAUGGUUCUUGGUUCGAGUUGACAAAUAUGUCACUUGAACAAAUUCUGACUUUCUGUUAUAUGUGGAUUAAUGAAUUCAGUCAGACCCAGAUCAUUGCUGAAACUGGAAUUACCUCUGCCACGUACAUUUCAUGGAAUAAAUUUAAUAAGAGAGUUUGUGAAGAAAUAAUUUUGGAAGAGAAUCAGAUAGAGUCAUCAAAUUCUGCUCAAAUUCUGGAUUUAUGGCUGAAUAGUUGUGCUGGUGAAGAUACAUUCCUAAAAUUUUUGCAAGCUGCCACUACUAUUUAUCACAAAGAUUCUGCUAAACGGUUUAUUCUUUAAAUAUGUUUUGUAAAUAUUUUUUCAAUGUGUAAAAUUUUUUGACUUCAAGAAUGAAAGUUUCUUAUUUUUAAGGC